AUAAAAGCAGGACUGCCUGGUGCUCACACACUGCAGAUGCAGCUGUCAUCUGACAUUCACAGUGCUGACUUCACUCCUGCCCAUGGCAGGAGCUGGCCAGAGCAUGAAGUGGCUACUGUGCUUGAGCCUCACCCUCUGCCUGAUGCUGCAGACAGUCCCAGGUGCCUUGCACAUCAAGGAGCCUUUAGUGGUCACCAAAUAUGGGAUGCUUCAAGGAAAACAGAUGCAUGUGGGGAAGACGACCAUCCACACCUUCCUAGGAGUCCCCUUCUCCAGACCCCCUAUAGGUGACCUCAGGUUUGCUCCCCCAGAACCCCUGGACCCCUGGAGAGGAACCAGAGAUGCUACCACCUACCCUCCUGCGUGCCUUCAGGAUUCCUGGGGGCAAAUAACCUCCAUGUAUUUAAACACGCGGAAACAAUACAAGUGGCUGCGCUUCAGUGAGGACUGUCUGUAUCUGAACGUGUACGCGCCAGCGCGCGCGCAUGGGGACCCUCCGCUGCCAGUGAUGGUCUGGUUCCCGGGAGGCUCCUUCCUCGUGGGUUCCGCUUCUACGUACGAGGGCUCUGAGUUGGCCGCCCGCGAAAAGGUGGUGCUGGUGGUUCUGCAGCACAGGCUCGGCAUCUUGGGCUUCCUGAGCACGGGCGACAGCCAGGCCCGCGGGAACUGGGCGCUGCUGGACCAGGUGGCAGCUCUGCGCUGGGUGCAGGAGAACAUAGCAGCCUUCGGUGGAGACCCAGACUGUGUGACCCUGUUCGGCCAGUCGUCAGGGGCCAUGUGCGUCUCAGGACUGAUGCUCUCACCUUUAGCCAGGGGUCUCUUCCAUCGGGCCAUUUCCCAGAGUGGCACCGCAGCACUCAAAGUCUUCAUUGCUCAUGACCCACUGAAGGUGGCCAAGAAAGUUGCCCGCCUGGCUGGUUGCAACCACAACAAUACACAAAUCCUGGUAGAUUGCCUGAGGGCACUAUCAGGAGCUGAGGUGAUGCGUGUGUCCAAGAAGAUGAGGUUCUUUCAUAUGAACACCCAAGAAGACCCUCAAGAGAUUGUAUGGUUCAUGAGCCCCGUGGUGGAUGGUGUGGUGUUCCCAGAUGACCCUGUGGUACUCCUGACCCAGGGGCAGGUUUCACCUGUGCCCUACCUUCUGGGUGUCAACAACCUGGAGUUCAGUUGGGUCUUGCCUUAUCUCAUGAAGUUCCCACUAAACCGGCGCAUGAUGAGAAGAGAAAUUGUCAGCAAGCUGCUCUGGAGUGCCAGCACCCUGUUGAAUAUCACCAAGGAGCAGGUACCACUCGUUUUGGAGGAGUACCUGAGCGACAUUGAUGAGCAUGACUGGAAGAUGUUACGAAACCACAUGAUGGACCUAGCUGGAGAUGCCACCUUUGUGUAUUCAACACUGCAGACUGCCCGCUACCACCGAGAUGCUGGCCUCCCUGUCUACCUGUACGAGUUUGAGCACCACACUCGCACUGGCAUAAUUGUCAAACCCCGCACUGAUGGGGCAGACCACGGGGACGAGAUCCACUUCAUCUUUGGGAGCCCCUUCUCCAAAGGCCCUUCCACGGGUGAAGAGAAGGCACUCAGCCUCCGGAUGAUGAAAUACUGGGCCAACUUUGCCCGCACAGGAAACCCCAAUGGUGGGAAGCUGCCCUGCUGGCCACGCUAUGACAAAGAUGAAAAGUACCUGCAGCUGGAUUUUACCACCAGGGUGGGUGUGAAGCUCAGGGAGAAGAAGAUGGCUUUUUGGAUGAGUCUGCACCAGCCUCAAAGACCUGAGAAGCACAGGCAGUUCUGAGAGUGGCCAUGCAGGAGGGAGCCAGAGGGCUUGUCCCACAACCCAGGCCCACAACCCAGGGUUGACUGACCGUGGACACAUCUGGGGAUGAGUCCUGCCCACCCCAAUCUAGGACUUGCAGGAGCUCCCUACUCCCUGCAGGCCAGAACCAAAUGUUGUUUGGGGCCCUGCACCACCCUCUCCAGCCUGACAUCCCAUAAUGCCCUCCUACUUCACUGUCUAUAUUGGGUUGGCCAGGCCCUUUCACGGCCACACUGUGCCCAGGUCCUCAGCCUCAGGACAACCCCUUCUGUCCCUUCUUCAAGUCUUCCCACCCUUUAAGAUCUACUUGCAGCCCCUUCUUAUGGGAAGUCCACCCAGACUGCCACUGCCCCUGUCAUUGCACCAGCUUGUCACUUACCAUUCAUCCUGCUCAAACUUGUGCUUGUUCACAUUUCCUUGAGGCCCUGGCCAAGUUAUUUGUGGCAUGAAGCAAAGCUUUGAUAGCUAUGGAUCUUCUCCCCCUCCCAUACUCAUCUCCCCCAGGGCCUGGUCAAAGCCUGCACACAGGGAGGGAGAAGGGAGGGAGGUUUUGGUGAUGGGGAGCAUUAA